GUAAAUGUAUUUAUUCUGUUUCGACUCCGCCUAUCUGUCAACAAUUUGACGUUUAGUGUAUAAAUAAACCUAACCAACAGAAAGUAUUGGAAACUGUCUUGAAUAUUAAAGCUGCUCCUGAAAGGCUCGAGCUUUAAGAUGCGGACGCUCUUGGUGGUGUUUGCGUUUGUGUCCAGCUUAUCGUACUGCAUGAACGCAGCGGUCGUCCAUCAGCAUUCCGCUAAUAUGCACAAGGAGAGGUUAGAAGAUGGGGCUUACAGUCCGAGAGACCGCGGUCAUCUCUCCGACAGUGGCGAACACGACUCCGAUUUCGACCAUGAGGCGAUCCUUGGUAGCUCCAAGGUUGCUGAAGAGUUUGAGCAUCUUACUAAAGACGAGAGCAUCAGACGACUGAGGAUUUUGUUGAAGAACAUGGAUCUGAAUAAGGAUCAGAACAUUGAUAGGAGAGAGCUCAAAUCAUGGAUUAUGAGAUCUUUUAGGAUGCUGUCAGAAGAGGAAGCCCAGGAGAGAAUGGAGGAUGCAGAUGAGAAUGAGGAUGGAAAGGUUACCUGGAAGGAAUACAUAUCUGAUGCAUUUGGCAGCGACGAGACUGGAGAAAACCUGGAUAAUGCUCAUUUGAUGGAGUCUGAUAGGAUUAUGUGGAUGGCAGCAGAUGCCAAUAUGGAUAAUAUUUUGGAAGGCGACGAAUGGAUCGCGUUUUCGCAUCCGGAAGAGCAUCCCGCGAUGCUUCCCGUCAUACUCAAUCAAACGUUGAAGGAAAAAGACACUGACAGAGAUGGAUCGAUCAGUUUCCAGGAGUUUAUUGGGGACAGAGGUGUUCACCGGGACACCGAUUGGUUACUCGUGGAGAAGCAAAAGUUCGAUCACGAUUUUGACAAAGAUAAGGACGGAAAGUUGGACGGUAGCGAGAUAUUGUCAUGGGUUGUACCUAGCAAUGAAGAGAUCGCUCAAGAGGAGGUAGACCAUUUGUUUGCGUCCAGCGACGAUGAUCACGAUGAUCUGCUAAGCUUUGACGAGGUGAUUGAGCACCACGAUAUAUUUGUAGGCAGUGAGGCUACCGACUACGGGGAGCAUAUACACAACAUCCAUCAGUUCCAGGACGAAUUGUGAUGGGACAAGUUAAUCGAGGGGCUAACCAUCUUCACAUGCACACUCCUUAUUUGUCUCAUUUGUUUCUACCUUAGUCAGAGAAUUAACUGAUUAACUGGACGCUGAUCUACUAAACUACUUCACUCGAUGUUUAACUUUUAAUUACAUAUGUACAUAUUUUAUUUGUGUUGUUCCUGGAGAUCUCAUCAUCAUCUAUUUAUUGUAUUCUAGAAUAAUUGUGUAGUUGAUAUAUGCAUGCUUCAUGUAAAAAUUGAACUUGAUUGAUUGAACAAAAUACGUAAAUACAAAUUGUGAAUGAAA